GGUGCAGAGCUGGAGCUGGACCAGAACUGUCCAGGGCUGCAGGAGCAGGAAGAGGAUCACCAUGAUGAGCAGUAAGGCUCCCAGCAGGACCGAGCCGCUGUUUGUGAGACACACAGCAGCACAUUUGGAAGGAAAAAGACUCUUCCGGGCAGAAAGGGCAGAUCUGGGGGAGUCUCUCAUUACUAAAGAGGAGUGUGAGGGUGGGGGCUUCUCUCUCUCCCCCCACAGAGCGCAGCAUGAGCGCUCCGCAGCAAAAGGAUGUGUGAGCAGGCAGCGCGCUACUGUCGGGACGGAGUCCACAAACUGCUGAACAAAGAACAAGCCAAACUCCGAGCCCAGGAGAGCCGCCGCGAGCAGCCCGAACCCGUAGCCGGCCAGGACAGCGAGUCCGCGACGGCAGCGCAGUCCGGAAACAGCGGCGCCCAGCCCGGUGGAAUCGACGGGCUUGUCCGCUGGAUCGUCACCAAAAUGAGCGACAACAAGAACGUCUCCAGCCGGGAGUACGCCUCCAGCAAGGAGGAGGUGGCCGUGGCCCAGGAGCAGUUCUUCGCCCCGGAGCCCCGCAGAGGCAUCUCUGUCAUCCUGGAUAUCUUCAGAAGAGCCGACAAAGACGAUGAUGGGAAGCUGUCUCUGGAUGAGUUCCAGGCCUUCUUCUCUGACGGCACGCUGAACGAGGAGGAGCUGGAGAAACUGUUUCACACCAUCGACUCUGAUAACACCAGUAAUGUAGACACAAAGGAGCUGUGUGACUACUUUGCCAAACACAUGGGAGAAUAUGAAGGAGUUCUGGCCUCACUGGAAACACUCAACCUGUCCAUCCUUAAAGCCAUGGAUUUCACCAAAAAGGUGUAUGAGAGAGGAACCAACGUGGAGCAGUUUGUGACCCGUUUCCUCCUGAAGGAAUCGGCCAAUCAGAUCCAGUCUCUGCUGAGCUCUGUGGAAAGUGCGGUGGACGCCAUCGACGAGCAGCACGGCCAGUCGGGACAUCAACCUGCCAAAGUCAGUCCUCGCAUGUCGGAGAAGUGCAACCAGAACGCCGUCCCUGACUACCCCCCCAACAACAGAGUGAGCGCCCGGGAGGCGGUGAGGAGCAUCAACACGGCUUCAGGUGCAGUGGAGGUGAGGAAAGAAGGUCUGGAGGCUCAGAUCAAUCGUCUCGCUGAACUCAUCGGACGUCUGGAGAACAAGACGGUCUGGUUGGACCUGCACCAGAGACUAACAGAUACAGACGGCACCCCGAGCGCAUCCUUGCUGCUGAUCCGUCAGGAGAUGGUGGUGUCCCAGAAGAAGCUGGGCGACUUCUGCGAGGCUCUGAAGCAGUACCUGAAGAACGUCUCGGCUCAGAGGGACUGCUUUCACGUGACCGCGGUGCGGCUGCCCGACGGGCUGUCCUUCGUCGUCUACGAGUUCUGGGACGGAGAGGAGGAGUGGAAGAGGCACCUCCAGUCGGCUCCUAACAAAGCCUUUCAGCAUGUGAAGGUGGACACACUGUGCCAGCCCGAGGCCGUGUCUUCUGUCGCCGUGCCAGCCGCCUGGUGCAGCGUAAACCGAGACUGAGCAUGAAGACUGUCGACUACACGCCAAGACUCCUGAACACUUCCCACUAACCCCCCCCUCCGAUCUGUUUACUGACCCCGCCCCCUCCCCCUGCUCCUUUUUGUAAGUACAUGUUUACACGGUGCAAAAUGAGCGGCAUCAUCUGCAGAGAAAACUCAAGUAGCUUCGAGUCACUUUUAGGUGGAGUUCGUCACGUAGCGAGGAAUUAGAGGUCGACUUUUUCCCCAUGUAGCAGCUUUUUUUUUUAUUUGGGGUUGCCCUUCUGAAAAAGAAGCCUUUUUCAAUUUUCCUUCCCGUUCUGCUCAUCCCCUUCAUGAGCCCCUCGUUUCUGAAAACAGGAAGAGUUUGUAGCCGACGGCGUUACCCUCACAUCAGCCGAAACACGUCAGAUUAGUUUGUAAUCUCAGGAAACCUGGAAGCAUCUGACGGCCGCCUUACAGACGAUCAAUUCAAAGUUUUUAGAAAAAUUAACCACGACGGACUUAAAAACGCCAGCAUAGAUCUUGAUCUGUGUUCAACUCGAUUCGAGUCUAAAACGAUGAAAGUUUUUAAAUGUAGCUGCUGUGGGAGUAACGGCUUCACAGAGUUCUGCUGAAACAUUUAGUUUUUUAUUUUCAUGUCCUCGUUUAGCUCCGAGUUUGAGCAGAUUGUUUCAUUUACGACUUGAGUUGGGAAAAAAACAAAAUAUUUGCUCGUCAUGCAGCUGCGUUCGGUUCCAUUUUUGCCUUUUUGUGUUUGCGAUGAUAUUAACUAUGUAAGUUUAGCCGAGUUUGUACAGAUAAAAAAUUGUUCCGACAUGAUUAUAUUUGUAUUUAUUGGUGUUUUUAUUUAUUUAUUUAUUUUUGUGAAAGUGGCAGCUUUAGAGGCGCUGCAGUUUGUUUUAAUCAGAAACAUGAAUGAUGCUGAAUUUAAAGCCUUAAAACAUUAAAACACGAUCAAACAGGUUCUUAAAGUUUGCAAAAAA